CGUCAACAGAAUUUUAUGUUCCUCGUUCUAAAUCACUGGCCCCAGUGAAGGAGAGGCAUUCAGACCUGUUGCUUUGGUUGACAUUCCAUUUUCACUCAGUCGUCGCUGCAAAAAAUAUCAUCUGUCUCGACUGAGCCAGGAUGGAUUGUGUUGCUUUAGGUCUGGUCCUGUUGAUUUCCUGGUAUGUGAGUGCCAACUCUACUUCGACUGAAUCAUGGAUCAUGCUACCGCAAAAUGGGGAAUCAUUCACCAAACAACCAAGAGAUGGUUCAAGCGCCUGGCCCACGGGGAUGAUUAUGCCCCGUAACUUCAAGUCUUCGAGGGACACAAUUAAUAACCGAGGCCAAGGUGGUCCCCUUCCAUGUGGCACUUAUAAUUUGAAUCCUGGCCAGACCGUCACCAUUCAGUCUCAGAACUACCCAUAUAAAUACCCAGCAGGCUACUCCUGCCAGUGGACCUUCCAGGGAACAUCUUCAGAGUCAUCCAUAUCCAUAACAUGUACUGACUUCAGAUUGCAGUACUGCAAAUAUUCAUUUGUGAUUAUCACCGGAGAAGACCUCUACAAAAAGUACUGUUGGGUACAAGAUCCUUUUACGGAAACAAGUAAAAAUAACCAGAUGCAAGUUUUUUUCAAAACAUUGAGACGACAAGGAUAUGGCUUCUCCUGUACUGUUACUGCCUCAGUUCCAUCAACUACAACUUCUACUACAAUAACAAGAACUACCACCACCACCACACCGUCAACAACAACAAGAACCUCUACUCUAUCAUCAUCAUCAACAUCAGCUUCUACUACAACAACAAGAACAACAACUACUACGCCACAGACAACGACAAGAACAACUACUACUACGCCACAGACAACGACAAGAACAACUACCGCCACACCGUCAACAACAACAAGAGCCUCUACUCCAUCAUCAUCAUCAUCAACAACCAAAAGGCCAUGCCAACCUUGUGGCACUGUGAACCGUGUGUCACGAAUUGUAGGUGGCGUGGAGACUGAGGUGAACGAGUACCCAUGGCAAGUCGCCAUAGUCUAUGCUGGAACAAGCAGUGUCUUCUGCGGUGGUUCAUUGCUCAAUGACAGAAUCGUUGUGACAGCGGCACAUUGCAUUUUAGCUAUAUAUAACAGCAAUAUCAUAGCAGAAGUUCUCUUGGGGGCGCACAACUUAUCUACCCCAACGGGAACCCAACAGAGGACAGCGAUUGCUGCAUCAGGUUAUCAUGCCAAUUAUAACGCAUCAACCUUUGAUCAUGACAUUGGAUAUCUGCUGCUUUCUUCCUCUGUACUUCUCAGUGAAAGGGUGAAGCCUGUUUGCCUUCCAGAUGUUCUCAAAGAUUACAGUGGUUACCAGGCUGUGACAUCUGGCUGGGGAACACUGAGUGAAGGCGGUCCCCAGCCAAUUGUUCUUAACGAAGUGGAUGUGCCAAUACUGACGAAUGAAGCCUGUAGCCAGAGCUAUAAUGGUUGGGUGACCAGCAACAUGAUCUGCGCAGGGUAUGCAAGUGGUGGUAAAGAUUCGUGCCAGGGUGACUCUGGGGGACCUCUAGUGGUGGACGACAGUGGCAGAUGGGUCUUAGUGGGCAUUACCUCUUGGGGAAACGGAUGUGCCAGGCCCGGUAACCCAGGCGUCUAUACCAGAGUUACUCGGUAUAUCAGUAUCCUUGUAGAACUCAUGAAUCAGUAUGGAGCAAAUAAUCUGUGUAAUGGUACAACUGCUGUGCCAACUUCAACCUCAACGGCAACAUCAACUAAUGCUUCUCUCCCAUCAAACACCUGCAGAUGUGGCCGACGAAAUCCUGUGGUCAGGAUAGUUGGAGGGCAGCCAACAACAGUGCAUGAAUACCCCUGGCAGGUGUCAUUAACAACUCAAGUGUCAAACAGACCAUUUUGUGGUGGCUCAAUCAUCUCUAACCAAUGGGUCCUAACAGCAGCUCACUGUGCUGCAGCAGCCAGCCCGUCAAAUUUGUAUGUGGUCAUUGGAGAGCAUAACUGGGCCACAACAUCCGAGACGAACGUAACACAGAAAAUCAAAGCAUUAUUUAUGAUUGUCCAUCCACAAUACAACAGUAACACUUUAGACAAUGAUAUGGCUUUGAUUAAACUGGAAUCUGCAGUUACUUUCCCAGCAGACAACAAGAUUGCUCCUGUGUGUCUGCCAGAUCCAGGCAAUGCCUAUGCUAAUGUGAAUGCUACAGUCACUGGCUGGGGAACAACUGCAUCAGGUGGUACCCAACCUCAAGAAUUAUAUGAGGUGGUAGUGCCAACAAUGACCAAUACAAAGUGCCAACAAUCCUAUGGAACUAAUAGCAUCACAGCAAACAUGAUUUGUGCUGGAGUGGAUGUUGGAGGAAAAGAUUCUUGUCAGGGCGACUCAGGAGGGCCAUUGGUAACUGAGGUCAAUGCAGUCCAAACAUUCAUGGUUCAGAUUGGAGUGGUCUCCUGGGGCAAUGGGUGUGCCCUCCCCAAUUAUCCUGGGGUGUAUGCCAGAGUGAACAACUAUCUCGACUGGAUAUCGGCAAACAUUGCAGGCUCUGAAACUUGUCCAAGGCCAUAGGCACAAUAAUUUUGUUAAAAUAACAACAAAAAAGAAGGAAAGGCAGAUGUACCAAGAGGAUUAUAGUAUAUUUAUUCUAGCUGAUCAUGAAAAAUUCACUCUGAUAAUGAUUCGCAUGUGCAGUAACCAAUCCUAUAGUAUUAAACUUUUGAGUAUUCAAUCCAAUCUAUCAUUUUUUCCACUCUUUUAACUAUAGAUAUUAAUAGCAUUGUUCUGUAAUUGGUAUCCUCAAGGAACUGAGGUGGUUCAAAAGUACGCUCAUCUAGUUGUCAUGAAUACAUAUACAAGAAUUUUCAACAUAGUGACAAGGAAAAUUUUUUUUCUUGGAUUUCGAUGUAAGAAUAUGCCAAUAAAUUUUCUAAGUUACCAUCUUUGCU